AUGACCUGCGAGUCUCUCUUUGGCACGCCUGCUGCCCCGCCCGCCCCCCCGGUUGUGAGCACCAAGGAUGAUGCACAAUCCGAGGCAGGGCUUAUGGCUAUCUCAGGCAGUGGAGACUUGCUUCUGCGCGUGAAGGAGGACGACGACCAGGAGGGAUUCCUGUACCGUGUCGAGUCCGGUCGCCUCCGUGCCGCGUCUUCAUAUUUUGAGAAGCUUCUCAGUGGCAGCUUCAGCGAGGCUGCCAACGUUGCCGUUCACCAUGAGCGUCUCCGCAACCAGUACUCGGCCAUGGCAGACGUGCCUGCUGACGAGCUCCCCGAAGUGACCAUCGUCGACAUUGGAAGAAUCUCCAAGGUCAGCACCAUCAAGCUGAUCACAGCCGACUUCCUUCGCGCUCUCCACGACCAGGCUCUCGGAAAUGGAAAAGAUGCCCCGCCCGUCACGAACAUGGCCAACCUCACAAUUGUCGCCGACCGUUUCGACGCCCUUGCCACAUUCGCGCACUUUGUACAUCGGAGGAAAUACUUGCAGAUGAUAGACACAAAGACAAAAGGCAAGCCUGCUGCAAGCUUACCAGAGGAGCGCGUGCGGCAAAAGCUCUUGAUCGGUGCGCUUUUGGACUACCCACCGUGGGUCAAGCUGUACAGCAAGCGGCUGAUACUGGGUGGUUCUGAACGGUGGAACAAUGACGCUAUCGAUGAGUCCGAGAGCGCGCUAUGGUGGGAUGUCCCGGCCGGUAUUGAAGGUAAGAACUGUCUCGACAAGGAUCCGUCUCAAGACGCGCCCAUCGAAGGCUCGUAG